CGCAUCCCUCCUUUUCUUUCUCCAGAAACAACAGCCAGAGAAACAAUGGUAGAUCCUGACCGAAAGCCCCAUGCCGUCCUAAUCCCCAUGCCCUUCCAGGGCCACAUCUUCCCUGCUGUACAACUCGCGAUCAAGCUCGCUUCUAAGGGCUUCACCAUCACUUUCGUCAACACCGAAGCCACCAACUACCAGAUCUCCCAAGCUCAUCACUCCCCUAUCAACCAUGACAUCUUCUCCGAUGCCCGCGCCUCGGGACUUGACAUCCGCUACGAGCUCAUCAGUGAUGGCCUCCCCACCUCCUACGACCGCUCUCGGAACGACGAGCAACUAUGGUAUGCCUACCUUUACUUGUUCUCCACCCAUGUCGAGGCGCUCAUGCAAAAGCUUUUGCUCACGAGCCCCCCGGUCACCUGCCUCAUCGCCGACACGUUCUUCGUCUGGCCCUCCACCAUGGCCAAGAAGCUCGGCCUCACCUAUGUCUCAUUCUGGACCGAACCCGCCACCGUCUUCACUCUCUUCUACCACAUGGACCUCCUCAUAGCACAUGGUCACCAUGCUUGUCAAGAGAAUCGCAAAGACACCAUAACAUACAUACCCGGAGUGCCAGCUAUCGAGCCGACCGACCUCAUGUCGUACCUUCAACUUGAUAUACCGCCCAUGCCGCGCCAAAUGCUUUUCAAGGCAAUGGAAGAGACCAAGGGGGCAGACUUCGUGCUUUGCAACACGGCGGAAGAGCUCGAGCUGGAGACCAUCUCGGCGUUGCAGAGGGAGAAGCCAUUCUAUGCUGUGGGACCGAUCUUUCCUGUGGAUUUCACCCGGAGCACGGUUGCUGCAACUCUGUGGACCGAAUCCGAUUGUUCUCAGUGGCUCGAUUCAAAGCCAGCAGGCUCCGUCCUGUAUAUCUCUUUUGGGAGUUAUGCCAACGUUAGCAAGAGAGACCUGGAGGAGAUAGCAUACGGGAUUCUAGACAGCAAGGCGAACUUCCUAUGGGCCAUUCGGCGAGACAUCGUGAGCACCGAUGAGCCUGAGCCGUUGCCCAAAGAAUUCUUAGAGGAGUGUGAUGAGAGGGGGAUCGUCGUCCCAUGGUGCUGCCAAAGAGAAGUGUUGUCACACCCAUCAAUUGGAGGCUUCUUGACGCAUUGCGGGUGGAAUUCAGUACUUGAGAGCAUUUGGUGUGCCGUUCCAUUACUAUGCUUUCCACUGAUAAGCGAUCAGCUCACAAACCGGAAAUUGGUGGUCCAAGAUUGGAAGAUCGGUACUGAAAUUGGAGGGCUUGGUAUUGUGAGCAGGAAUGAAGUGUCCGAGAAGAUUGAAAGCUUGAUGGGAGGAGAAAUAGGGGACCAGGCGAGGAAAGAGAUCAAGGAGUUGAAGAAAGCCUUGGAGACUGCACUCUCUCCUGAUGGUUCGUCACCGAAGAAUUUUGAUCAAUUUAUUGAAGAUCUAAUCAGGCAGUAACAAAAAAGGCCAAUGAAGAAAAGCGUGCCUAGAAAUGAAAAAUGAUAUCUUUCUUGUUUGUAGUUCAAUUGCUUCAUCCGGCUGAUCUAUGUAACUAAAGGAUAUAUAAGGAGUACUGGAGGACAAUUGGCCGAUGAAUUCUGCUCUCUAACAAAAAUGAACAAUGUUCGUCGUUUUAGCUAUCCUUAUAAAGCUGAGAAGUAUUGGCGUUUUCAUGCAUGAGCGAAAAUAUUUGAAGAUAUAUGUAUUAGAACUUUACGAAGCAACAAAACUUAAUUACAUGAA